UUUCUUCAACCUCUCUUCAACACACGGAAGUCUUCUGGAAAUAAUCAAACUAAUCCAACUGGAAAUACCUCAGAAAUUCAAAACAAUGGCAGUUGCAACUCAGAUGACAACUCCCUCUCGCUUGCUUUCAUAAUUUUUUAUUCUAUUAUUUUGUUGUUACUGGCUGGAAAUAUUAUAGCCCUAUUUGCUUUCCUGUGCAUUCAUCAGAAAAGGAAUUCUAUUCAAGUUUACUUGCUAAAUGUAGCUGUUGCAGACCUUCUGCUCAUCUUCUGUCUUCCCUUCCGAAUUAUCUAUCAUGGUACCAAAGACACCUGGAUGUUUGGCCCAAUUUUUUGCAAGAUUGUAGGAACCCUAUUUUAUAUGAACAUGUACAUUAGCAUAGUACUGUUGGGACUAAUUAGUCUAGAUCGUUAUGUAAAAAUAAAUAAGUCUGUGAAACGUCCUAAAAUGUUAACUCCUACACGAAGUAUACGUAUUUGUUGCAUGGUGUGGGCACUUGCACUAACUGGAUCCGUAGUAAUAGUUGCACCAUCUUCCUUAAGACUGAGGACAGCAAUUCUUGAUAAGUGCUUCCAUUACAGGAAGAAAAAGGAUGCAAAGCCAGAAGCAAUUUUAAACUACAUUGUUGUAAUAAUUUUUUGGAUAGUUUUUUUCCUCCUUGAUACUUUCCGUACGCUAAUUGCCAAGAACCUUCUGAAAGAUUUCAAAAGAAAUUUUCCCAACGCAGGAAAAUACACCCAGACAGCAAGGAACUCCUUCAUCGUACUUAUUAUUUUUACCAUCUGUUUUGUACCUAUCUUCCGAUUUGUCUACAUACAACAGUUACAAAAUUCAUCUGUAAAGAACAUAUGCAAUGAGGUGAUGCUCAUAUUUUCAUCUUUUAACAGCUGCUUAGACCCAGUUAUGUAUUUCCUAAUGUCCAGAAGUGUCCGUAAGACUGUAUUUCCAAGUUAUUGCAGAAGAAUUCAUAGAGAUUCAAGCCUAACUCUUGAAGCACUUCAGAAAUAAAACUUGGACAAUAUCACAAGAGAGAUUAUCUACUACUACACCCCACAUGAGUUCCUAGAAGAAG